CUGAGGGAACAGCACUGACUGACUGACUGACUGACUGACUGUAAGUUUCCAUAUCCCUAACUGUACUCUAGCCUUGUUUAUACCUAGUACUAACAUACGUCUUUUGUCCUGAUCUUAUCCACAUUCGGAUUGUGCCCACAUUGUAGCUGAUGCAUCUACACACGGUAUUAAAAUGUGUCUCCUAUCCUUCCACUGUGUCUGCAUUGUGACCAGAUUCCCUGGUGCCUCCCAGUAUGCAGAUUAUUUGACAAAUAUUCUUUCAAAAUAAUAUGUAUUUAUUUAUUUUAAGACAUGGUGUUACCUGUCAAUGAUUUUAGAGACCGGUAUAGUGAUGAUUUAAAUUAUUUGACCAUCCAAAUCAGUUUAUACUUGAAUGAUAAUAUCCAAAUACUCUGGGUGAAGAUCUGAUUGUGAUCAGAUCACAAUGUGUCUUUUAAUCGUCUACACCAGUCUAAAAAUGUGGGCACAAUCAGAACAAAGGACGCAUGUUAGAACCAGGUAUAAACGGGGCUUCUGACUCAAUGUGUAUAGUACAAAGAAACUAAGGAUGAUUUUUUUUAUUCUAGUCUAGCGUUGAUCAUACUUCUAGGUGGCUGCACAUGUUACAGUAUUUUCUGAAAGCAAGAAUACAUGAAGUGCAGAGUAAAAAAGUAAUGAACAUGAUGAGAAGGAAUAAUCAGACCUGAGGUGUAAACUUUCCACUGGCAUGGAGCGGAUUUUUUGGUUCGUGUAAGCUGCCAAACAAACCUGAGACUGUCUCACACCUUUUGUGAUAAUGAGACCAGAGGGAACUAGAAAUUAGCAUUUUGAAUUAGUAUUAGUAUAAUAAGUUUAGAAGUUGAAAUUGUUAGAGGCUAGUGUUGAAAAGGUGAGCGUAAGUGACUGUUUUAGAAAUAGUAGCUGUGGUAGAAGUAGUAGUAGUAGUAGUAAUAGUGUUGACUGUGGUAGAAGUAAGCCUAAAAGCAGUGAUAGUUACUGUUGGUGGGUUCUACAGUCCUGGAUAGUUUCAUCAAGUUUUUAAGUGCGCCUUGAAUUCUAAAUAAAUCACAGACAGUGUCACCGGCAAAGCUUCACGGUGGGAAAAAUACAUGCUGAGGUCAUCCGUUCACCUUUUCUGCGUCUCACAAAGACACGGAGUUGGAAAAAUACAUGCUGAGGUCAUCCGUUCACCUUUUCUGCGUCUCACAAAGACACGGGGUUGGAAAAAUACAUCUCAAAUGUGGACUCAUCAGACCAAAGGACACAUUUCCACCCAUCUAAUGUCCAUUGCUCGUGUUUCUUGGCCCAAGCCAAUAACAACACUCACAUCACGGUCAUGUCUAGCGCCAUCUACGGCGGGAACAAAUCCGACGAUAACUGCACCAGCGUGGACAGCCUGAUGAAACACUACUACCUGCCCGUCAUGUACAGUGUCAUUUUCGUUGUGGGGCUGCUGGGUAACGUCACCUCCAUCGCCAUCUACCUGGCCAAGCUACGACCCUGGAAGUCCAGCAGUAUCAUCAUGUUCAACCUGGCGUUGACGGAUCUUCUGUAUGUUCUGAGUCUGCCAUUCAUGGUCUACUACUACACCAAAGGUGAAUCCUGGACCCUGGGCGACUUCAUGUGUCGUUUUCUGCGUUUCGGGUUCCACUUUAACCUAUAUGGUAGUAUACUGUUUCUCACCUGUUUGGCUGUGUUUCGAUAUGUCGUGGCGGCGCAUCCUCUGAGAGCGGCGCAGGUGCAGCAGAAGAGGUGGGGUAUCUUGGCCUGCGCCGCGGUCUGGGCUAUAGCCGUGGCAGAGAUCGUGCCCAUGCUCACCAUGAUCACCAUGGAGACUAAAGACAACAAGACCUACUGUUUGGACUUUGCUAGCGGCGACCCGGAUGUCCUGUGGUGGUACGGUUGGCUGCUGACCGUGCUGGGCUACCUGCUGCCCCUGGUGGUGGUGGUGGUGUGUUACGCCGGUAUCGUCCGUGAACUAGCCAAGGGGCCCCACACUCACAGCCCUUGCCGGGGACGGGCACGUCGCCUCACUGUACUGAUCCUGGUGGUGUUCGUGGUAUGCUUCCUGCCGUACCACGUCCUGAGGAUCCUAAGAGUAGACACCAGGAGGAAGCCUGAGUCGUCAUGUAUGCUGGUGCACUGGGUCCACGCCGCUUAUAUCCUGUCCAGGCCCGUAGCGGGGCUCAACACCUUCUUUAACCUGGCUCUGUACACCCUGGCCGGGGACAAGUUCCAGCAGGCCUUCCUCAGUGUGUUCCCCUGGGGCCCCUGGUGGACCAAGGUCAGGACUCAGCUCAAACUCAGCCUGGCUGUCGUCAGUAAGCCCAGUAACACAUCUUCAGCCGAAAGGAGCCAUGGAUAUAGCAUGAAAUAAGGACAUGAGAUAUAAUACAGUGUUCUGUUUCAUUCUGUGUGGACAUUACUAUCAUGGCAAUAUAUUGUCCUACAAUAUUGUAUAUACUGUACUGUGAUCCUGUAAAUAGAAAACCUUUUGUCAGAUUUUAUUAUACGCCAGUAUGAGGUUUACAAUAUUGAUGUGGUUUCUAUAAAUAUAUUAGAUACUUGUAUUGAGUGACUUUAUAUCUACUGUA